GCCAAACUGCGCGCAGACCUCAGGAGUGGUAACGUCGAUAACGCGACCAAGGUGGUCGUAAGUACGAAAGAGAACUUAGCACGACGGUCAAAGUACUCGGGUGGAGAGACGCUGGAGCUUUCUUGAUAGACCGACAAAUGGACUCAGCAACGGCAACGUGGCUGAGAAGUGCUGCGUCCCUGUGGCUUUUCUUUCUGCACGUGACCAACGCUAUCCGCAUCGACAAAAGCGAUGGCGGCUACAUUGAUGUCAGAGUUUCCAUUCACAAGGCAGUGCCGUACAACGAAACAAUCAUCGAAAACAUUAAGACGCUCAUGCGAGAUUCAUCGGGGUUCCUCCACCGAGCCACUCACGGCAGUUUACACAUAAAGCAAGUCAUUAUCGAGAUACCGUCGACGUGGCCGCGGCGGCCGUAUGCUACGGUUCGGCAAGGCAGUGGUUUCGAGGGCAGCGACGUAAGGGUCUAUGCGUCAAGUGACCCGAACGUUGAAUCAAGGCCUUACACCAUCCAACCAAGAGCAUGCGGAGAACCCGGCGACUACAUACACCUGUCGUCCAAAUUUCUUGAAGAACUGAACGACCACACCACCAAAGAAUACGGAAAUCCGAGCUAUGUCUUUAUCCAUGAGUGGGCGCACCUUCGGUACGGCGUUUUCGACGAACAUGGCUUUCUUGGAAGUGAGAAGUACCCCGCUCUCUACUGUGACAGUGAAGGCAAGGUGAGGGCCAACGUCUGCUCUGACAAAAUUGCAUUCACCGCGAGGACGCCAAGUGGAGAGGACUGCAGUGUUUGCAAGAAUAAUGCUGUCCCUCAGAACUGUACAGUUGAAUUCCACCAGCCCGCUGGUGACUUGGUCGAAUCUUCUAUCAUGUUUAUGCCAUAUGUAGAUAACGUCUCCGAGUUCUGUGUUGGGGACAAUAGUGAGAAAAACCGGCACAAUGCAUUUGCUCCGAAUAUGCAAAAUGACCUCUGUGGAAGUAAGUCAGCAUGGGAAGUGAUAAGUGGCAACGAUGACUUCGAAUGGCAACACGUUGUGUCGGGCGACCACGGUGGAAACCUGGAGCGGCAUUUGCAGCGGCGCCACAAAGAAGUGUACGACAGCCUUCUGGCCGACAAAGCCCGCUCUACAAAGCGUGUUGUGUCGGACGAGGUGGAGGGCUGUCCGGCGGUAAAGCUCAGGACUCUGCUUGGCGUCAACGUGCAGUACGCCGAAAAUGGAAAGCUAAUUCUUCAACCGCUGGCCAUGAAGGAGCUUUUCGAUAGACACACUGCUGAGCAUCUCACAUCACAGGUGAAAAGCACUCUGUCACGCUACGACCUCACUCGCCCAAGUGUACAGUGUCACAACUGA